AUGGCUGCGCCAGGGCGCUCUCCGGAGGAUCUGCUGGCCAAGUAUGCUCCCUUAGACAAGGUCAAUUCGGCAAGUUACUGUAGAGGGACGCCGCUCGGCAAGCUGGAAAAGUGCACCCACAGUCAGCUCUUUUCGGAGGGGCUCCUCAAAGGAAGAGGUGGCAGAUGUCCCGUCAAGGGCUGCAGGCGGAAGAGAGAAUACCAUAACAAGUUCUGUCCAGAUGAUGAGGUCGAAGCGAGCCUAAAACUCUUGGAAACUGGUAUGUCCGAAGAUGUGGUGCAGGACAUUCUCUCUCUGGCAAAGGUCAGUCUUGUAGGAGAUGAACCGGAGGUGGAUGAGGGGUUUGAGGAGGAGCUGAGCGAUCUUGCAAGCAUCGACAACAUCUGGAAGGAUCCUCUCACUCUUCAGGAGAUAGAGAUACCCGUCAGAGGCCCACAUUGCGAACACAACAGAUGUUUUGACCUUGCGACCUACUUGGGGAGUUAUAGGACUCAUUUCGGGGGGGUGUGUCCAAUCUGCCAGGAACCAGCACCAGCAUGUCAACUGAUUUUCAAGAAGGACUACAUGGAGCUGUUGAGGGAUGCGCGGUGCAGGCUACAGGACAGGACGAGUGUGCCAGCAGAGAUAGUGGAUCUGACGUCAGAUAUGAAGCAUAAAUUUCAGACGGUUAUGGAGAAGAUUGUCGAGUUGAAAAGGGAAGUGUGGAAGGCACAAACGGCUUUGGUAGCGGAGAAGGGCAAAGGAGCUGAUCUGGAAGAAAAGUUGGCGAGGGCCGCAGCAGAUGUGGCGGCAGGGGGGGAAAGAGCAGCGGCUUCUGAGGCGGAGUUGGGGGCAGAGAGGGAACGAGCAGCAGCUGCGGAGAGGAGAGCAGCGGCUUCUGAGGCGGACUUGGGGGCAGAGAGGGAACGAGCAGCAGCUGCGGAGAGGAGAGCAGCGGCUUCUGAGGCGGAGUUGGGAACAGAGAGGGAACGAGCAGCAGCUGCGGAGAGGAGAGCAGCGUCGGCAGAAGAGAGGGGCAGACGUCCUGCUGCGAGAGCUGUUAGGGGGGAGAGAACGAAAGCUCCGUUGGUGUCGAAGGUGACGACUGACAAGCCUGGGGUUCUCGAUCUGACGAUGGUAGAGGAUGAAAAGGUCCAGCCGCUCUCGAGAUUGCACGCCGCGUUCAGAUAUCCUGGUGAUGACGAAGGCGAACUGGUCUGCUUCGAGGACCCGGGUCAGUGGUUGUACGGUCCUUCGAUCGCUGCGUUCUUGUACCGCUUACAAGACGAGGAUACGAGUUUCAGCAGUCUGGAUUGGGACAGCGUGGAAACGCACACACAGAAACUUUUCAAGUCUUUGUGGAGGCAGACGGUGCAGAGGGACAACCGCUUCAUUGGGUACGUCGUAAACACAGAGCCGCCUGGAGUAGCCGGUCACUGGGUAGCGAUCCUGCUCGAUCGGAGCGAAGGGUGGAUAGAGUACAGCGAUAGCAUGGGGUCCCCACCUGACGAACGAAUGGAGAAACUGCUGAAGGAGAUCGCAGAGUGGCUAGCAAAGAAGGAUAGCCGGCUGCAAUACAAGUUGCGGCUGACGACGAGGGUCUUCCAAACCGAUGGGUGGGCUUGUGGUUUCUACGCCCUGAGCUACAUCAAGCAACGAGUGCAAGGGGUGCCGUUCGAGCAGCUGAAUGACGGGGCGACACCGUCACAGGAUGUCGCCGAGUUCAGAUCGAGGGAGUUUCCAGGAGGGAGAUACGUCGUGUCUAUCAAGGACGGCGAGUGGAGCUGCGUCGCGGUGGAGGAUCGGAAGCAGAAGACGUCGGAGCAACGGGUUUCGCAAAAGGUAGAUAUCCCUCUGAGGAUCGCCCUGAAGGAAGGGGGCAAGAGCGCCGAGCGAUCUCCGAAGAGACCAAAGUCGAACGAGCCUUCCGAGCCACCUCCCAACGCGCGGAAAGAAGGAGGCGUGCCGGACCUGGUGGUGAAAGAGUGGCUGUCGGAGAAGACGGAGCGCACGAAGAGCGACAAGUUCGUCCUUCUCUCCGGCGAACUCUUCCGGCGCUUCACAAAAGACACUGGCAUAGAGAUGCACCAGAACACGUUCGCGACGUCGCUCGAUCGUUGCGAAGCGAUAUUCCCACCGCGCGAGCAGAUCGACAAGGAGUCCAUCAUGCGGGGCAUAACGAAUCGAGCGGGACACGUCCUGCGAGACAGCAUCGUCCCCGAUUCUGCAUUGCUGCGCGACACCGGGCCCUUCGUCUUGCCACCAGGGGCUUCGAAGGGCGUUCCUGCACCCGAGUCCAAGUUCAGGGGUUCUCUGAGAGGAGAGACCACCAGCUUGGACCUGAGCAGGAUCGGACCUCAAUGGGUCGUGGACGGGCACAACAUCCAGAAUCCAAAGUGCAUCAUGGAGGAGGAUAACCGAUUCGAACGCGCCGGGCUCUGGACUAGGAACAUAUACAAGGACCGAGCUUCGGUGAAGACGUGCCUGCACUGA